AUGGAACAGAAAUUACGGCAGUUAACACUGGUCACAAUGGCAAAGGCCAGCAAAAUUAUCCCCGUAGAAGCGGCCAUGCGUGAACUGCACAUCACUGAUUUACAGGAAUUCCAGCGUCUUUUUAUCAGUGCGCUUUAUGAUGGCAUUAUUCAGGGACGUUUGAAUGCGCAAAAAGGUGUAAUAGAAGUUUUCUCAUGGAAAAAUCGAGAUGUUUCGGAUGAAGAGCUGGAGGAACUGAGUCGGCGAUUGGACGAAUGGAUUGAGCAGUGCAAGAAAACCAAAGAGGGACUGAACCAGGUGAAAGAGGAAGUGGAAAAGGUGCAAAAAAUGAUCGAAGAAGAGGAGGAGAGACGGGUACAAAAAGAAGCUUGCCGACGUUCGAAGAAUAUAAGAGGUAAGAAGCAGUGUUAA